AUGGCCAUCACCCACAUUGUCAUGUUCCAAUUCAAACCCGACGUUAGCGAUGACGUCAUCCGCGAUACCACCAACCGUAUGCUCGGCCUGAAGGAUAAUUGCAUCCAUCCGACGUCGCAAACACCCUACAUCAAAUCCUUAUCGGGCGGUGUGAAUAACUCCAAGGAGGGAAUUCACCACGGCAUCACGCAUGCUUUUGUGGUGGAGUUCGCCAGCGCCGAGGAUAGGGAUUAUUAUGUGGACAAGGACCCGGCGCAUCUGGCGUUUGUGAAGAGUGUAGGUGCGGUUCUGGAGAAGGCGCAGGCGGUGGAUUUUACGGAUGGGGUUUUUUGA